CUGGUCAGUCAUGCAGGGCUCACCCCGGAGGCGUUCAGCAGUCAGUAUUUUUAGCAACUUUUUCCAGGGUCGGAGGCAUUCCUCCUCCGAUCCCCUGCUUCGCAUCAUCCAGAGGCGGCGGAGCUCAGCUGUAGAGGUCCUCUCAUCAUCGACUCACCGGGUUAUGGUGGCGGUGUCAUCCCUGAGCCCUGAGGAGCUGGAUGCAACUUUUCCUGAGAAAAAAAGAAGUUCGAGGCGUCCAACAGCAAAAUACACUAAAGUAGGGGAGCACCUUCGCCAUGUCAUUCCUGGCCACAUGCAGUGCUCGAUGGCAUGUGGUGGCCGUGCCUGCAAGUAUGAGAACCCAGCUCGAUGGAGCGACCAGGAGCAAGCCAUUAAAGGGCUCUACUCUUCUUGGAUUACAGAUAACAUACUGGCUAUGGCUCGACCCUCAACAGAAUUAAUUGAAAAGUACAAAAUUAUUGAACAGUUUGAAAGAUGUGGCAUAAAAACCAUAAUUAACCUCCAGCGUCCUGGGGAGCAUGCGAGCUGUGGGAAUCCACUAGAACAAGAGAGCGGCUUCACCUACCUUCCUGAAGCUUUCAUGGAGGCUGGAAUUUAUUUUUAUAAUUUUGGAUGGAAGGACUAUGGAGUGGCAUCUCUCACUACUAUACUGGAUAUGGUAAAAGUCAUGGCUUUCGCCUUGCAGGAAGGGAGGGUAGCUGUGCACUGUCAUGCAGGACUUGGACGAACAGGUGUUCUAAUAGCUUGCUACUUAGUUUUUGCAACAAGAAUGAGUGCUGAUCAAGCCAUUCUUUUUGUCAGAGCAAAAAGGCCUAAUUCUAUUCAGACAAGAGGGCAGUUAUUAUGCAUCAGAGAAUUCACUCAGUUUUUGGUUCCUCUGAGAAAUGUAUUUGCAUGCUGUGAGCCCAAGGCGCACACAGUGACCCUGUCUCAGUACCUGACCCGUCAGAGGCAUCUGCUCCAUGGUUAUGAGAGUAGGCAUCUCAAACACGUGCCAAAACUUAUUCAUCUAGUUUGCAAGCUGUUGCUAGACUUGGCUGAAAACAGACAAGUGAUAGAGGCAGAACUGUUAGAUCUGCCAGAUCUCUCAGCUGAAAUUGAAAAGACUGUUUCUCAGUUGGUGUCCACAGAGCUGGACAGAGAACUCAUGAGGCAGGACAGUGAUACAUCCGACUCCCACACCCACUCCUCCACUUUUGAGACCCAGGAUUCUCUUUUCUCUCUGGGACAUGAAUGUGAUCCUCUUUGGAAAAGAAGGAAUGUUGAAUGCCUCCAGCCUCUUAGUCAUCUGAAAAGACGUCUAAGCUAUAGUGAGUCAGAUUUAAGGAGAACUGAGUUUCUUUUAGAGCAAGGAGAAACUGCCUGGACAGUACCUGCUCAGAUAUUGCUGUGCAACAAACUUAAGCAGAACAGUGGUGAGGAAUGUCCUGCCACAGGUGACCAAAAGCCACAGUUUGAUUUACACAAAGAAGCACUAGUGCGUAAUACAUGCAUGUUCUGGAGUCAAGGUAAAUUUAAUCUGGAUGGACGAGAAGAUGGAUCCUCACUUCAUCACCGAAGGAACUCUACCAAGGAAGUGCAACGCAGCAGAACCUUCUCUUCAGGUCUAUCAUCUAUCCACAACACCAGGGAACCUGGAACACUAAGGCAUAAUUUUACCAAUGAGACUGGUCAUAGAAAAGGCCACAAGACUAAUAUGUAUGGCAGAAGAGUCUAUGUCUCCGAGGACUCGGAUUCUUCUUCUUCUUCUUCUAAAGUAAACUUUUCCAUUGGAUGUGAAAGCCAAGGGAGCAAAGAUGUGUCAGAGGCAAUUCCACAUAUUGUUCUACAAUCAGAAUUAAGCUUGGAAGCCCGAAGAGUUUUGGCAGCAAAAGCACUUGCAGAUAUAAAUGAAUUUCUGGGAGAGGAUGAAGUGAAGCAGAAGGUAGAAAUGUGGCAGAAAGAACUGAAUGCUCGAGAUGGAGCUUGGGAUAAAAUCUGUACUGAGAGAGAUCCUUUUAUUCUCUGUAACUUGAUGUGGUCCUGGAUAGAGCAGCUGAAAGAACCUAUUAUAUCCAAAGAUGAUGUUGACAUGCUGGCACAAAAAUGCACAGAGUCACAGGAUGCACUAUACCUACUGAGAAAGGAACAGUGUCAGACUAUCCUUUGUAUUUUACACUGUGUGGUGAACUUGCAAAUGCUACCAGCCGAUGUGGAGGAGGCCUUACUUGCUCGUGCUAUUAAAGCUUUCACUAAGACAAGCUUCGAUUCUGAAAAUGGACCAUAUGUGUAUAAUACCUUGAGAAAAGUAUUUCAACAAACACUAGAAGAAAAAAGAAAAAAGCUUAAGGAAGGAACAGAGAAUCCCUCUUGA